UCUCGAAUGUUUUCCUCCGAUCGUUUAUUUUCUCGUCGAUCCUUCUCCUUUGUUGGAUUGCCUGGAAGAAACCCUUCAAUUUGGUCUCUUUUUUUGUAGAAAUUGGCUGUUCACGAGGCCUCUUUGGAGCGAGUGGAUCUUCCUUGGGCUCCAAAACGCGAUCUUUCUGGUGUCCAUCGCCGAAUAGGUUAUCUUUCUGAGCCUUUAGGUUGUUUGUUCUCUCUUUUGCCCUGGAUUAUUGUUGUAGUUGUUGAUUAGAUUCGAGGUUUGUUCCUUGAAAUGCCGGAACAUUUAGGGUUUCUUUGGGAGAGAUCCGUCGUUGUGACGUAGCUUUUUCUUUGUGAUUCCGCGGACUUCGUUGAAAUUUAGGGCUUCGCACUUUGUAGGUCUCGCUGGAAGACAAUCGAGGAAGCUCAAUCCGGCUAUAUAUACAUUAAUAGAUUGUCGAUCGUGUUGCAUAAUUAUAGAAAAGGAGUCUUUUGAGCGUGGCUUGUUGCAUUAUUCCGGUGGUUAAGAAUUCGCAAUGGGAGACCAUGUAGUAGUUCAGCUGGAUCAUCUCAUAAAGCCCGAGACUGUUGACGCGACAAGAGAAAAUGGGCAUCCAGAGUCGAAUCCGUCUGCUCCAUCUUUUUCGCAGGUGAUUUCUGGCUUUGAUAGGGACAAGGAGGAUCACAAGGUGGCUGAUGAAGGGGAGCCGCUCAUUCAGACAGUAGAAUGUCGCAUAUGCCAGGAAGAGGAUCAGAUCAAAAAUCUUGAGACACCAUGUGCUUGUAGCGGUAGUCUGAAGUAUGCACAUAGGACAUGUGUGCAACGCUGGUGUAAUGAGAAAGGAGAUAUAAUUUGUGAGAUCUGCCAUGAGUCAUAUAAGCCUGGAUACACUGUGCCACCACGGGUUAAUCCAGAAGAGACUACCAUUGACAUAAGUGGAGGCUGGACCAUCACAGGCACACCUUUGGAUCUACAUGACCCGAGGCUUCUCGCUAUGGCAGCAGCUCAGCGCCAUUUGCUUGAAGCUGAGUAUGAUGAAUAUGCUGCAACAAAUGCUAGUGGUGCUGCAUUUUUCCGCUCCGCAGCUCUUAUAUUAAUGGCUCUUCUUCUGCUGAGGCAUGCAUUGGCCAUAACGAAUGGUGAUGACGAAGAUGAUGCUUCAACUAUAUUUUCUCUGUUUUUGCUACGGGCUGCUGGAUUUUUAUUGCCAUGUUACAUUAUGGCAUGGGCUAUAAGUAUUUUACAGCGGCGAAGGCAAAGACAGGAAGCAGCAGCGUUAGCGGCAACUGAAGUGGCAUUCAUAUUGCAAACUGGACAGGGUAGGGGCCUGCAUUUCACAAUCGCACCUGAAUCACCUACUACUCCACAGCAAGAACCACAGGAGUAGUUUCCCUCCUUUUGAUGUUCUAAACAUCAACUAUGCGGUGAAGCAACUGAGCUAGUUGGGGUCAAAGGGAACUGCUGGACAUCUUUGUUCUACUUUCCAUAGAGUUUGGAUUUUGUUUCAUGUGCUGAAAAGAAGUGACUGCAGGUUAUCAGACCACCUCUACAUUGGUGACAGAGAUGGGGUAGGUUCUGUUGCCCAGCAUGGUCCACAAUGUUUGUAUUUUGUAUCUCUUGUCAUGCUGGAUGUGACCUAAAAGCUCCUUGUAGUGAUGAUUUGGUGGAAAGAGUUCCAGUAUUACUUGCAAAGAA